AUGCAUGACGUGGACAGAACUCUCGUGGAUAAAGUCGAAUCACAACGUGCAGAACUCGAGAGCAACGUGGCAAAGUUGCGCAAAGCGCUCAAUCACUGGCAGACUCUAGAGCUUGACUAUGAAGGGUUGAAAGAGGAAUUCCAGGAGUUACCCGAGCAGACGACUAAGCGGGAAUAUCUUGAUGCGGCGCACGACUUCGCACCACACAUAGUGGACGACAAGGAGUUGGAAGAUUUAAUCGAGCCCAGUAAAGGUAAACUUCGGCAGCCUAAGCAGGUUGUCGAUCUUCUGUCGAAACGAACCGAGUGGGUGUCGAGGAACAUUACGAGUUUAAAGGCACAAAUCGCGGACUUUGAGAAGAAGCACGAAUCUGGGCAUGACGAACACGAACAAGAAACGACCUUGCCAGUUGCUGAGAUUACCGAAGAAUUGGAUGACCAGGGAAAUGUGAUUUCGAGCACGAUACAGCCACAGAGCGAGUCCGCCUCAAAAGUCCUCGGCAUCUUGGAAAAAGAAAAGGUUCUGUCACAAGAGGCCCGAAGUGAGCCGCAAGCCACGUCUAUAGGCAAACAGCAGGUCAAAGACGAAAACAUAGAGACUGCCCAGGAUGUUUCUGAGUCACUCGACAGCACGGAGGAGAGCGCAGAAGCCACACUCACUGACGGGACAACUGUGCUGCCGAGCUCGUAUGACGAGGUCAUGAAUCCGGACGACACGGAGGAAGAAGCUCAAAUCAGAAAAGAGAUGCUCCAGUACGAUGCGCUUGCGGAAGUAGGAAACAUUGUUGCGGAAUUGGAUUUGGCCGAAGGCAGCGACAGUUUUAGAGACGAUGGAGAAUUUUCGGAAGACCCCAGUGAUGCUGAGGACGAUCAUGACGACGACGACUCUUGGGACGACGACGAUGACGACCUGGAAGAAGAUGAGGAGGACGAGUAUGGUCGGGUCAGAGCACCACGAUAUACUCAGAAACAGCGGCAACAGAUGGAAGAGCUCCAGAGACGCCUCGGCUUCCAGAUGGAGAACGUCGGUCCCACGCCCGAUCUUCCUAAAGAGGUUCAGGAACAGAUCGAAGUACUCAAACCAUUAGAAGCGCAGCAAUAUCUCGAAAGCCUACCGCCAAGCAUAAGGAACCAGCUUACACAGAGUCAAGAUAGAAAGAUACCUCCCAAGGAAGCUGCACGUAAGGCGGCCAUUGCUCGUUACGAAGCAUCACAGGAUGGCGUAGAAAAGAAGUCCAAGACAGCGAACACGAGAGAAAAACCGAAAAAGUCUGUCGCGUUUGCACCGGAGCUCGAUAUUGCAGAAGAAGCCAAAGCUCAACAGCCAAAAACAGCAACGACCCGCGAAGUUGUGAUCGAGCGUUCGGGCUUGGCUUCGAAUGGCCCUGCAAAGAGACCACCACAACCCACGGCUGGUAAAGCGUCACGUUUCAAAACCGAUCGCGCCUCUCAUGCGCAGGCUUCCAUACUACCUCCACCAAUGGAGCCGAAGCCGAAGCAGGACUCUGAUCUUGGUCCGCCGGGUAAGACUUUGAGCGAGAAUCUUGUCGAACGGUCAAUUGCUGUAGAUGCAGCCCAAGCACCUGAUCCUGAUGACUUCGAUGAAGAGCUUCAAAAAAGACAAAUCGCGUUGGAGCACCAUCAGUUGCGGAACCGAAAAAUCCACGAACAAGGCGGAUACGUAAAAAGCGGGGAGGACGAGAAUUGGGAUGAGGCGCAUGCCGUGCCUGAAGUCCUGGACAGGAUCACUGGUCAGCCGAGAAAGAUCAGCAGAUUUAAGGCUGCUAGGUUGAGGUCGUGA